GGCGAAUGUUGUUUUUGUUAUAAAAGAUAAUGUUAUUCGGACCCGAACAAACAAAGCAAACACUCGAUUUAUGCGAUUUGGGUUCGAGAAACUAAAACAAUUUCCCACAAACCAAGCACACGCCCGUAGUCCAAGCAUAGGGAACACAAACGCCAUUUGGCCUUAAAACCGACCAACAACUAAUUCAAAGAAGGCCAGCGAGUGGGGAUCAAAUGCUAGCAACCGAUUGGAAUCUUGUCCACUACAAGAGCUAGGAGUAACCGGCCACGUCGGGAUGCCCACCACACGCAAUUCGUCGAAGCAGGCGGCGUCGCCGCAGGACAACAGGCGCAUUGCUGGCGGUGGCGGACUGGUGCCAGAGGAGGAGGCAGCCAACAUGCCCAACCUGUCCACACUGUCGCUGGACGAGCUGAAGCAGCUGGACAGGGAUCCGGAGUUCUUCGACGAUUUCAUCGAGGAGAUGUCUGUGGUGCAACAUCUAAACGAGGAGCUGGACUCGAUGAUGAACCAAGUGGAGAAUAUAUCACGUGAAAAUGAGAGCAAGGGCAGCCAUCUGGUGGAGCUGAAACGUCGCCUCAGCGAUGACUACACUGCCCUGAAAACGCUGGGCGAGAAGUGCGACCAGCUGAAUAAGAAGUACUUGAAGAAAUCGGAGGAAUAUGCCCCCCAGCACAUACGCGAAUUACUCCAAAUUGCUGCCUCGAAUGCCGACGCCGAUUGCGAUCGUCAUGUGGAGCACUUUCUCAAUGGAAAGAUCGAUGUGCAGACCUUCCUCAAUACCUAUCAGAGCUCGAAGAAGAUCAGCUCGGAGCGCAAGGCCAAGGAGGAGCGACUGGGCACACAGCUGAGCGCCCUGGAGCGUGCCGGUAUUUAGCAGCCCUAAUAAUGAUGAUAAUGAUGAUGAUGAUGCUUACAACAACGAUGAUGAAACGCCGCCAAUCAAUCAACCCAUCUCCAGAAUGUACUGUACUAAAUGUUAUCUCGCAACCUUGCUCCAAACAAACUGGAGGGGUUCCACAAGUCGCAAUAUCUAGGAUCUAAGCAAGGCAACCCCUCUCAAAAAACAUUGGAGAUCAAAAUCAGAGCCGAGUACCCUUCGCUCGCCACAAAAACCGUAUAAUAUCUAGUUGUAGAUUUUAUACAGAUAGACACACACACACAUACUUGUAAAUCGUUAGGGCCCAAUCAGAAUGUAUGGCUUUAUAUAUUUUAUAACUGUAAUUUUAGAUACGGAACGAACCAUGUGUUAUGAGUGUCCGCAGUUCAACUCAAGCUUAAACUCAAGCAAAUCCCAUACCAAAAAAAAAAAAAAAGAGAACCCAAUCGAAAUGAAAUUGCCUGUAUUCCCUCCUCCUGUCCACUAGGUUACGUCUGGGUCGCCUUUCCUGCCAACAGUUUUGUUUAUCUGUACUACCCCGUAUGUAUGUAUAUUUAAUAAAAGUUUAUGAUUUAUCU